AUGACAUUAUUAUUAUUAAAUGAAAUUAAAAUUGAAAUUCGUUCUUUACUUAUUUCAUCAAAAAAUGGUCUUACUGAAGAUGAAUUAUGUCAUGAUUAUUCUUUAUUUAAUUCAAAACGUUUAUUACCUUAUGAAAUUUUCGGUUAUUCAACAAUAACAGAUUUUCUUAAUUCAUUAACUGAUAUUUUAUAUCGUUCAUCAGAUGGAUAUAUUCAUCCUAUUGUUGAUCAUAAAACUGAACAUAUAUUUAAAUUUGUUCAACAACAACGUACAAAGAAGAAUAAGAUCAAUACUAAACAAACAUCAUUUAUAUAUAAUCAACCAGAAUAUAAAUAUACUGAACAAGAAAAUUCAUCAAUUUCUCGUCAUAAACAAAAAAGAGCUGCUAUGUUUGAACAAAAACAUCAUUCUGUUAAUGCUAUCAAGUCUUUUCCCAUGAUCAAACCAAUGAAAAUAUCAUAUGAAAAUAACGUUAAACAAGAAGAAUUUUUAUUUCAAGUUGAAUCUCAUAUGAAUAAUUCUUUACCAAAAUUCGAACGAGUUAAUGUUACCAACGAAUUAUUACAAUGUCUUCUUAUUCAUUUUCGACAACAACAAUAA